GCGCGGGGCCGGAAGCGGAAGGGAGUGCGCUGGUGAUCAUGGUGCCGCCGGGGCGGGGAAGGAGGUGCCGCCGCUGCCCGCAGCCCGAUGAGUCGCUACGGUCUGAGUGCACGAUAUCGCACUGAGAGGCGGUGAGCCAUGGGGGAGAACAGUCCCGAAGGCAACGUUAUCUACUACGAAGUGGAGGAAGACGAUUUAACCCAAGAUGACAAUAUGAUGAGGUUUGCUGAUAAAAACGGGCUGGUUUCUUCAUCGUCCGGGACGGUCUAUGACAGGACAACUGUUCUGAUAGAGCAGGACCACAGCGUGCUGGAAGAUGAUGAGGAUGAAGGACAGUGUGCUGAUCACUUGCCUUUUUUGCCAGAGGGUCAUGAAGAAGGAUUUCAUUUAAUAGCAGAUCAUGAAGGAAUGUCCCAGGGUUAUGUGCAACACAUUAUUUCUCCAGAUCAGAUUCAUCUGACAAUAAAUCCUGGUUCAACUCCUAUGCCAAGAAAUAUCGAAGGAGCAACGCUCACUUUGCAGUCUGAAUGCCCUGAAACCAAGCUUAAAGAAGUGAAGAGGUACCAGUGCACCUUUGAGGGCUGUCCGCGCACCUACAGCACUGCCGGAAACCUGCGCACUCACCAAAAGACACAUCGUGGGGAAUACACUUUUGUCUGCAAUCAAGAAGGCUGUGGCAAGGCCUUUCUUACCUCCUACAGCCUCAAAAUCCAUGUUCGAGUGCACACUAAGGAAAAGCCGUUUGAAUGUGAUGUGCAGGGCUGUGAAAAGGCAUUCAAUACACUGUACAGGUUGAAAGCACAUCAGAGGCUUCACACAGGGAAAACAUUUAACUGUGAAUCAGAAGGCUGCAGUAAAUACUUCACAACGCACAGCGACCUGAGGAAGCACAUUCGAACACACACAGGAGAAAAGCCAUUUCGGUGUGAGCAUGACGGCUGUGGAAAGGCUUUUGCUGCAAGCCACCACCUUAAAACACAUGUUAGGACACAUACUGGGGAGAAACCCUUCUUCUGUCCCAGUAAUGGCUGUGAGAAGACUUUUAGUACACAGUAUAGCCUCAAGAGUCACAUGAAAGGUCAUGAGAAAGGACAUUCCUAUAAUGCACUUCCCAAUAACAACGUAUCUGAGGAUACAAGCCACUCGCUUUGUCUGAGUGACUUAAGCCUCAUAUCAACAGAUUCAGAAUUGCGGGAGAACUCCAAUCCAACACAUGGACAAGACCUUAGCACAAUCUCACCAGCAAGCAUCUUUGAGUCGAUGUUUCAGAGCCCAGAUCACACUGCAAAUCAGGAUGACUCUCAGCAGACAGCUGCCUUGAUCGAUGGUUUUAACGGUGAUACAGACUCGGUCACUGCUGUUCCGCCUUCUGCAGGAGACUCGGCGUCAUUGUCUCUUCCACUUGUACUGCAGCUUGGCAUCUCUGAGCCUUCACAUUCAGCACUACAAGCCUCAGCAGCCCCUGCUGCUCCCUCUUCCAUAGGAACCAGCUCACAGCAAGCUGCAUUUGGAAAUCCUGCAACUGUUUUACAAUCCCCAGAAGUGCCUGUUCCUCACAGCACACAGUUUGCAGCCAGUCACCAAGACUUCCUGCAGCAUACUCAGACCCCACCACAGCCCCUCGUGCAAGGACUUUCAGUGGUUGCUGGGGCAUCUGCCCCAACACCAUCAAGUGCCACUGAGCCCCUGCCAGCUGUCGUUCAGACUGUGCCUGUUGGUGCGAACUCUGUUCUGACCAGUAAUCCAACUAUAACCAUUACUCCUUCUCAGAGCACUGCUAUUCUGCAGUCCAGCAUUGUCAUGGGAGAGCAAAACUUACAAUGGAUCUUAAAUGGUGCCACUGGUUCUCCGCAAAGCCAAGAACAAAUGCCACAAGUUCCAAAAGUAGUAGAAAAGGUUUUUUUUACCACCGCGUUACCAGUAGCUGGCAAUACAGGAAACCCUGUUCAGCAGAUUGGUCUCAGUGUUCCUGUCAUUAUUAUAAAGCAGGAGGAGGCCUGCCAGUGUCAGUGUGCCUGCCGAGACUCUGCCAAGGACAAAGCCACUGUUAAGAAGGAAUGUUCCUCAUCUGAUUCAAAAGCUUUGGAGCAGCCAGCUCCCCAGCUGCAGCCUCAGACCUUUCCUUCCUCUUCCCCUUCUCCUUCAUGUGGGCAGAGCAGUCAGAUAGUUAACCCUCCAGACUCACAGACUGAAACAUUAAGUGCCAUGGAUGUAUCGGACUUCCUGUCCCUCCAAAGCCCUGAAACCCCAUCUAAUAUAAUUCCAAUCGAAGCACUACUGCAGGGUGAGGAAGAAAUGGGUUUGAAUAACAGCUUCUCUAAGUGAAGAUGUUCCAGAUUUUCCUUUGCACCUGGAGGGUAAAACCCUCUCCUUUAGAAGCAGAAACUGAAGGAUCGAUUCUUUUUCCUUCCUCUUUGGAAGUUUUGUGGCUUAUUUCUGCUUCACAGAUGUCAUCUUAGUCACGUCCCAGGUACAUCCAUCUCUGAGAAUCUAUCUAAAAAAAAAAAAAGGUAAAAAAAAAAAGAAAAAAAAAAAAGAAAAUGCUAAGUUAUAUAUGAACUGUUUUGGCUGCACUGUCUGUCACUUUUGCUUGUCAUAUGUGAACACAGAAGUUAAGGUUACUCGUGUGCAAAAAGAUUCUAAAAAGAAAAGGGGGGGUUUAGUUUGUCUCCAGUUGCACAUCGCUUAUGUUUGGGAUUAAGGUACUGGCAGCAAGUGGGUCUUUGUUACAACUCCUUGGGUCUAUAAUUUUCUUCUGUCUCUUUUGUCUGAUACUAACCAUGCACUAUAAGGGGAGCCCAGGAAAGGAAUUUGCUGUAGCAGAAAAUGGCAUUAUUGUAGAAGAUGAUUUAUCUGCAAUCUUACUGGAAUGUGAUUGUCACACCACUGAGUUGGGAGCUUUGUACUAACGCUGUUACUAAAGCCUACAGAAACUUUUGGGGAGUUUUAUUUCAGAGGAGCACAAGUACCUUGUGCUCCUGAUGGGUCUGUUCAUUUAAUUUCAUUAGGACUUCAAAGGGUGGUGGCAGACACUGUUUCACAAGGUGGAAACACAAUCGAAGCCCCUGCUUCCUCAGGCUCAAGAGUCUGUUUUCUUUGCCUCUCUUUGAAGGAUGCAGUGAGUCCCAGGUGUAGUCAGGUUGGUGCCUGCUGCUCUUUUGAUUUAUUUGGCUCAGAACCAAGUCAUCCUCUUAAUCCCCGUGACUGUUUAAUCAGGAGCAUGGUGCCUUUGCUGGUUACUCUCAUCUUUUGUCAAGAACAACUCUUCAGAAUGAUUCAACCGAAACUCAGUUUGAAUUCAGUGAGUCUAUCCUUCAGCUGUCCACAAGCUUCCCUUGUUUUCUGUUAAGCUAUAUGAUUUCUGCCUGAAUCUGCCUCCAGCCUACUGCAAUGCCAGCUUUUUGUGCACGGGGCUAUUUCUUGACUAAAAGAAGUUACACAACAUAGUAGUUUUUCAUAUCAAACUGAAAGUCUAUAUUCUAACCUACUCAGGGUAAAUAAACCACAAACCCCCCCUUCCACCAAAAAGCCUGUAAUGUUGCAAUAAAUGCAGUCUCAUUCUAAAUGGUUUAUUUAUGCUGCAUUAUUUUAAAAGAUGUAAUUUUAUAGUGUUUUUUCCAUCUUUCUGGCUUUGGCUGUCAGUCCUUUUGUGUUAAAGGAAAGAAUAUUAAAUAGUCUUUAUUCAGUUUACAGUGUUGUCAUUAGUGAGAUACAAAGAUAAUGACUGUAAGCCACUUAACGCGGAGUGUCUCUGCGCACUAAAUUUAGGAAUGCGAAAUCCCAGUGGAUAGAGGUCUCUCACCCUUUGUACUUGAUCAAAGCUGCUCUCUGUACCUCCUGGGGGGAGAACCCUCUGCUUGCAGCCAGACCUCCCCAGGAUGUGGGAUGAUGAGCAGGUUUUUUAAACCCUCUGGUGAUGUGCUCUGUGUAGCCUUAGUGAACGCGCUGCCACAGCACGGAUGGAAUUGGCUUUUCACCUCUCUGACAACUCCCUUCCAGUUGUGACAUGCAGAAGGGUGAAACUCCAUCCCGUUAGGGUGAACAUGAGGGAGGAAAGGCUGUGCAAAGAGUGCUUUGUGCCUGGGAAGUGUCAUCUUACUCUGCUAGGGCAGGGUGCUCCCUUUUGGUAACUGCAGUGAUGAGCUUGGGGGCACCAGCGGAACUGGAAGCACGCUGAUAGUUCCCUUUGUGUUGGUGUGUGUGACAGUGGGGAUGUGGGCUCUGCAGCAAUAAGGUUUGCAUCCAUGAAACGCGGAUAAAGAGUGUUCUAGGUUUGGUUCUUGUAAUGGUAAUCCCUAGAGGGUAGCGAGAUGGUGGUCCCGUGGUUUUUUUUUCCUCCUACAUCUUAGUUUCGUGAUGCAGUAUGGUUGCAUGGCAGCAAGAACUGUUUAGAACACAAAAUAAAUAGUCUCAAGCCUGUGUGGCUGGACUGUCCUCGCAGAGAUAAUCUCCACCAGUGUAGAGCUCCACUUUGGAGGAGUGUGAGUGGUGCCUGGAGCUGUGUGAGGUGUCCUGUGGGGCACAGGCCACUGCAGGGGGCCUUUUGUGUUUGAGGGAGAGUGGAUGCAUGUGUGUGUGAGAGAUUCUACUAAUGCAGGAGCAUGCAGAUUCCCCUGGAGUUGUGGGGUGAUGGGUACAAGGGUACCAGAUGUGGCCUGGAUUUAGCAUCUUCUGAGCCUUUCUGUCCUUCAGGGAGGUGUUUUUCUGUGCUACUUUUGCUGCUCGUGACUUAGUUCACCUCAACCACCCUUCCAUUGGGCCCGAUAGCAUCUUCAGAAACUGCUUUGUGACAGAAGUGAGUAGAAGAAUCUACCAAAGGCUUUGAAAUCAGAAGCUAAUUUGGAAGCGUGAUUGCGUGCAGCACCUCACUGCUGCCAUCCUCUCCGAGUGGGUGUCAGCAGUUAAACCUCUCUGCUGUUUUCACACCUACUGUUUUCUCUUGAUGUGUUCUAGGAAAA